AUGGGCUGCUUGCUCCGCCGUCUGUUCCCCUUCCUGGUCGGCACCGCCGUCGGGGUGUACGCGGCGCAGAACUACAAGGUGCCCAACAUCCGCCACCUCGCCGACCGCGGCGCCGAGGCCGCCAGGCGCUACGAGGAGGCCUACCGCAAGAAGCCUGCCGCUGCCAUGGACGCCGCACGUGACGGGAGCAGCGCCGGCGCCGGCGGCAGAAGGAAGAAGGUGGUCCAGGUGGACAUUGACGACGAUGAAGAGUAG